AUGGAGACAGCAGGAGCAGGUACCCCUGUUGUAGGGGUCGAGGAGCGCGUCCGGGACCACACGGCGAUGUUCUACCAUCUCGGCGCUGUCAUGGACCGCAUCGUCCAGACAAUGGAUUGCUGGGAGAGACAGGGAUACCCUCCAGCGCCCUCCCCAGCACAACAGGGGUCUCCACUACUCGCCUCUCCUGCACCCGGUCCCAGUGGGAUUCGUCUCGCCCUUCCCGGGGAGUUUGAUGGGACGGCGGAACGCUGCCAGGGGUUCCUGCUGCAGCUGGAACUGUAUCUGGCGACCGUCUACCUGGCUCCUUCGGGACGUGAGAGGGUGUCCGCCCUCGUCUCGUGCCUUUCGGGGAAAGCCCAGGAGUGGGCCAACGCCAUGUGGGUAGAAGGAGAUGCGGCGCUGGACCACUUUAAGGAGUUCACACACCACUUCCGGGCAGUCUUUGACCACCCAUCCGAGGUGCCCAUGUGGGCAAUAGGAGCCAUAGUGGUGGUGGUGCUGGCUCUGGUGGCCUGUCUAGGUUUCUGUAUCUGGAAGAAGUGUAUCAACAAGGGCAAGAAGCCCAAGAAAGCACGCGAGAGGAAAGGAGGCCGAGGCAGAAGAAAGAAGGAGGGAGCCGGAGAAGGAGAGGAGGGCAAGGAAGGAGAGGGAAAGGAAGGAGAGGAGGAGGAAAAAGAGAAUUUCGGAAAACUGGAGUUCACCCUGGACUACAACUUCACUGACAACCAGCUGAUCGUGGGUAUCCUGCAGGCUGAAAACCUGCCAGCCAUGGACAUGGGCGGCACCUCAGACCCCUAUGUCAAGGUCUACAUGCUGCCAGACAAGAAGAAGAAGUUUGAGACCAAAGUCCAGCGCAAGAAUCUCUGCCCCGUGUUCAAUGAAACCUUCAUCUUCAAGAUCCCCUACCAGGAGCUGGGCGGUCAGACUUUGGUCCUACAGGUUUUUGACUUUGAUCGCUUUGGUAAACACGACGUGAUUGGACAGAUCUCCAUCCCUAUGAACAGUGUGGACCUGGCUCAGCCACUCCACGAAUGGAGGGAUCUGGUAGGAGGAGAGAAAGAGGAGGUAGAGAAGCUAGGAGACAUCUGUAUCUCUCUGCGCUACGUCCCCACGGCCGGUAAACUGACCAUCAACAUCAUGGAGGCCAAGCACCUGAAGGCGAUGGACUGCGGAGGCUUGUCAGAUCCCUUCGUUAAAGUAGUGCUGCAGCACCAAGGCAAGCGGCUGAAGAAGAAGAAGACAACAGUCAAACAGAACACUCUGAACCCCUACUUCAACGAAAGCUUCAGCUUCGAGAUUCCCUUUGGCCAAAUACAGAAAGUCCAAGUGUUGAUCACAGUGUACGAUUACGACAAGCUGGGCAGCAACGACGCCAUCGGGAAGGUUUGGAUCGGCUUCGGUGCCUCAGGGGUGGGCCUUCGCCAUUGGUCAGACAUGCUGGCCAAUCCAAGACGUCCCGUGGCACAGUGGCACGCCCUGUGUCCUGAGGAGGAGGUGGAUGAGGCCCUGAAGAAACCCAUCCGCUAAACGUACACUGACACGUCACUGAACAUUCUUGUACAUGUUAAAACUACACAACAUAAGACCUGAAAACUACACAACAGUGGAUACGCUUCACCCAAAGACCACAAUAGUGCUGAUCAUGACAUUACGCACUACUGACAGUAGAAACUCCAAGAAAAGCAAAUUUAACUACCACUCAAACACUACAACCCACCUGAUAUUUCUGAUAAUUUUGUUGGGGUACUCUCUCCUUCCUUAUUAUUCUCCAUAGAAAAUCAAAAGAAUGAACUUUUUUUUGCGUAUUAUUAACUAAUUCUACUGUAUGUUUUCACUUUUGUGUCCAUUUUGACCAUUUUGAUGUUAAGUUAAGAGUAUGGCUGACUGUUUUGUGCUUUUUGUGAGCGAGAGAAGGCAGUAUUGUGUGUAUGAAUGUGUGUGCGUGUGUCUGUGCGUGUGUGUUCGUGUUAAACCAUAGUACAUG